AUGGCGCCGGAGCUGUGUCCUCCCUUAAAUCUGGGAGCACCUGUCCUGGGUCCCGUCGCAGGCACAGCACUCAUUCCUCCUCCGGCUCCAGCCCAGCGGCUCAGGCCCCGGCUGCGGGCGUGGGUCGAUCCCCGGGCCCGGCCGGCCGGCGCUCUGGGCUGCUCGGCGCCAGCACCGGGGAACCAGGCAGCUUCCUCCAGGCCAGGCAGCUACUACCUCAAAGAAUCAAAAGGCAGUAGACGGUGGCUGCUGUUCCUGGAAGGUGGAUGGUACUGCUUCAACAGAGAGAACUGCAAUACCCGCUAUGAUACAAUGAGGAGGCUGAUGAGCUCCAACGAGUGGCCUCUCACCAAAACUGGAACUGGGAUCCUGUCAUCACAGCCAGAAGAAAACCCGCACUGGUGGAAUGCAAACAUGGUAUUCAUCCCCUAUUGCUCAAGCGACGUUUGGAGUGGUGCCUCUUCCAAGUCGGAAAAAAGUGAAUAUGCCUUCAUGGGAGCUCUCAUCAUACAAGAGGUUAUAAAGGAGCUGGUGGGAAAAGGCCUUAGCAAUGCAAAGGUGCUGCUGCUGGCAGGAAGCAGUGCUGGGGGGACUGGAGUGCUUCUGAAUGUGGAUCGAGUAGCAGAACAGCUGGAGGAGAUGGGUUAUCAAGGAAUUCAGGUUCGAGGGUUGGCAGACUCUGGCUGGUUCCUGGACAAUAAACAGUAUCGUAGAACUGACUGUAUUGAUACCAUAACCUGUGCCCCCACAGAAGCCAUCAGGAGAGGAAUCAGGUACUGGAAUGGCAUUGUUCCUGAACGCUGCAGAGUGCAAUUUAAGGAAGGAGAGGAGUGGAAUUGCUUCUUUGGCUAUAAAAUUUAUCCCACUCUUCGAUGUCCUGUCUUUGUGGUACAGUGGCUCUUUGAUGAAGCCCAGCUCACUGUAGACAAUGUGCAUCUAACUGGACAGCCGGUCCAGGAGGGCCAGUGGCUCUACAUCCAGAACCUGGGUCGGGAGCUGAGGAAUACCCUGAAGGAUGUGGCUGCUAGCUUUGCUCCAGCCUGUUUGUCCCACGAGAUCAUUACACGCAAUCACUGGACAGACAUCCAGGUGAAAGGGACCUCCUUACCUCGCGCCCUGCACUGCUGGGACCGCAGCCUCCAUGAGAGCAACAAAAAUGGGAAAGCCCCUCUGAAAGGGUGCCCAAUCCAUCUGAUUGACAGCUGCCCGUGGCCCCACUGUAACCCCUCCUGCCCUACCAUCCGGGACCAGUUCACAGGGCAGGAGAUGAACGUGAUACAGUUCCUUAUGCACAUGGGCUUUGAUGUCCAGAAGAUGGCACAGCAGCAGGGCCUGGAGCCCAGUAAACUCCUGGGGAUGCUGAGCAGUGGUAGCUAGGAGGGUCCAGCGUGAAGAGGUGGACUGACCAGAUCAGGAGGAGCCUCUAAGUCCCUCUCCCAGCCCUGCUAGCCCCCUCUCAAUCUCACACAGACAUGCUUACAUACACACAUGCGCGCUCACUUGCACACUUAGGAUGUGUCAAGAAAAAAUGAAUGGAUUCUUGCUUACGCUAUUGGACUAAAUAACUCGUUACCUCUACACUCCGUGGCCCUGUCUUGGCCAGCCAGAAGCUCCUUCCACGUUACACAAGGUGGCCUGGUGCAGAUGGCAGCAAAGCCAUAAACCCCAGUGGUGAGAACCUUCCUCAGAGCUAAGAGGCUUUUACCCUUGCCAUGAAUUUUUCACAUCACAGACUUACUACACGUGGUGAAAAAAAGCACUGGAUUUCUUUGUCCAAUUAGAAAUGAAGGAACGAUCACAUGACUUCCUGGAGGUCUGCAAAUCAUAAUGUAAUACAACUACACCCAAGGACACAUGCUAGGAAUGGACGCUUAUACUCAAUUUACUUCUUUAUUAUUUUAUAAGAUGACUUUUUUAUUACUUAAUUUUUUUAAAAAAUAAGCAAGAAAUAUAAAAUUAAUGAUAUUGUUUUGUAACAUAUUUUUUUUAAAUAAUGAAAAACCUCUUGCUACUUUGGCAAUGUGGACAUAUUUAUUUUAGUAUGUAAAUGAUAUUUAUAAGAGCUGAAUGGAGAACUGCUCACAUGUCUUUGUAAAGUUGUAAAUGCUGCUUUGUUGGAUGGGUUUUCCUUGUGAUUGCUUGUGUUUGGGAGAGGGCCGAGGGCAGUAUUGACAUUAUUAUAAUUACUAGACUCCCAUGUUUUCCUUGCUGUAUGUUGUUAUUGUUGCUUUUGGAACGGAAAGGCUGUAGCACGGUCCAAGCACAGGGCCUUCUGCUCGGACUCAGUCCUUCCCUGCCUCCCUACACAGCGCCCGCACCUGGAGGGGCACUGUGUGCAAUGAACUCCGGUUACUGCUUCUCCACCCGGGUCACUGUCCUAGCAGGAGAGAGGGGAAGACGUUCCAUGUGGGUGGAUAGUCUGAAU